AUGAACAUUAUUUUCUCAUCAUUAUUGUUGUAUUUAUCUAUCAAAUUUUCAUUACCCUACUCUAUCUAUCUAUCUAUCUAUCUAUCUAUCUAUCUAUCUAUCUAUCUAUAUAUAUAUAUAUAUAUAUAUAUAUUAUUAGAAAGUUAUUACCAUCUCUUUCUCUUUAGUCUCUUUCUUUUUACCCUCUUUCUCUUUACCCUCUUUCUCUUUACCCUUUUUCUUUUUACCCUCUUUCUCUUUAGUCUCUUUUUCUCUACCCUCUUUCUCUUUACCCUCUUUCUCUUUAGUCUCUUUCUCUCUACCCUCUUUCUCUUUACCCUCUUUCCACUUCUUUUUGUUCUUGUUUGUCUCCUUUCCUACUUGUCUCUGUUUCUUUCUGAAUUCCCUUACGUAAUCUUUUGUUUAAAUCUUUUUAUCUUCAUUUCUGUUUCUUUUCUCAUUUCUUAUCUUUCUGUCAAUUUUUAUAUGUCUAUCCACUUUCUUUUUCUUUCUAUUUCAUUCUUUCUUUCCAUUUCUCUCUACCCUCUCUUCUAUGUACUUAAUAGUGUCAUUUACAUCCAUUUCAAGAACUUCAAUAAUCUAUCUAUCUAUCAUAUAUAUAUAUAUAUAUAUAUAUAUAUAUAUAUAUAUAUAUAUAUAUGUCCUUCUUUAAUAAUCUUUCCUUUUCUUUAUUUUGCUUCCAUCUGUUUUCUUUACUGGAUUUCUCUCUGUCCUGUAUUUUUUGUUCUAUCUAUCUAUCUAUCUAUCUAUCUAUCUAUCUAUCUAUCUAUCUAUCUAUCUAUCUAUCUAUCUAUCUAUUCCAUUCUGUUCAUUUCUAUCUAUCUAUUCAUCUAUCUAUCUAUCUAUCUAUCUAUCUAUCUAUCUAUCUAUCUAUUCUGUUCAUUUCUAUCUAUCUAUCUAUCUAUCUAUCUAUCUAUCUAUCUAUCUAUCUAUCUAUCUAUCACUAUGUUUAUAUAUUCUUCAAUAAUUUUCCCUUUCUUUCUUUCUUUCUUUCUUUCUUUCUUUCUUUCUUUCUUUCUUUUUUUUUUGGUUCCAACUGUUUUCUUUCAUGAGUCUAUUUUUUUUAACUGCCUAUUUACCUCUUCCACUACUUUCAUAUUUUCUACUCUAUCUACAUUCUCUCUCUCUCUCUCUCUCUCUCUCACACACCAUUCUCUUUCACAUUCUUUUGCUUUCCUUUCUUUCUCAAUUUUUCAAUCUGCCUUCUCCUUCAUAUCUGCUAUUCUCUCCAUUUCAUUUUGCUCACCUCUGGAUAUGAUCUGUUUUAUAAUCUCUCUCUUUAUUUCUCUUUCUUCUACAUGUUCAAACAUUCUUCUUCUUUCUCUUUUCAUUCUCUUUCAUGUUACUGUAUAUUUCUUUGACUUCUUUUUUUUUUCUUUUGCUUUCUCUUUUUGGUUUAUUGUAUCUUUCUUACCUUUUCUCCAUUCUUUCUUAUCUUUUACCCUCAGUCUUCACACCAGCUUAAAUGAACCUUCACUUAUUUCUAACUCAACAACACAUGACUGA